GAUGUCUGAUGCUUCACAUCUUUCAAAAAUGUAAAUUGUAACGUCCCUGUCCACGUCUGUCGAAAAGAAAACGUGAAACUUGAAAACGCCGUCGGUAUUUGUUUACACUAUUCUCAUUUCUGAUUUCUCAAAAUAAAGAAUUUAGUGCGAGUUUGCGCCACUUCGCGGGUUCGCGCAGUGGUCAGUUGAUCUUGCUUAUGCCUUGCAGGUUAUAGGGUUUGCGUGCUUUUGUAAUUAAAAUCAUAGAAAACUGCUGUACUUAUAUCCCCAUCGAUCUCAGUUAAUUUUGAUAUUGGCUACAUUGUUCUAAAAUUGAUUGAUAAAAUACCACAAUAGGUAAUCAUUACUUUUUCGUGUCAUGUUAUACCAAUGGAGUGUUCACCAUACUAUAAAUAAAAAAGCUAAAAUUCAGGUAUCAUUUGUUUAAGUAACUUGUGCUAUAGUAUUUCUGAUGAAAAUGUCUUUGAUGGCAUCAUAUGAGACUCUGUUUCAAGCAACUGUACAAGGCCAAGCAGAUUUGGUUCAGAGUAUAUUGGAGGCUAAUAAAUAUUUAUUAAGAGAUGAAAAGUGGACAGAUUAUAACCUUCUGAUAUUGGCUCUACAGAGGGAUCAAAAAAGUGUUGCUACUGCUCUUUUACGGAUGGGCUGCAGAGUAAAUCAAAUACCAUAUGACAACCUUCAUCAUUCACCAUUGUAUUAUGCUGUAGCACUUAAUGAUAUCUUAUUUGUAAACAUAUUGUUGGAAAAAGGUGCUUUCAUCAAUACCAAGAAAAAUGGUGAAGAAACUGCGCUUGCUAUAGCCAUGAAACAUAAGCAAUAUGAAAUUGUUGACUUGAUCCUAUCGAAGUACCAUUUUAACAAUAUAGACCCCAGCAGUAGCAAUGAUAUCAAUCACUUCCUAAUAGCAUGUGAGAGAAACCAAGUUGAUAUUGUAAAGUCCUUUAUCAGUGGUGGUAUAUCUGUUAAUAGCUAUGCAACCAGUGUUCAAGCAAGGUGUCUUGGUUAUACACCAUUGCAUUAUGCUGUUAAGAAUUUGAACACAGUCCUAGUAGAUUUUCUUCUCAGUAAAGGAGCUGACUUUUUGGUGAAAGAUGGAAAUGGCUGGACUCCGCUUCAACUUGCUAGUCAAAUCAGAGAAAAUGUGCUCCAAACUAAGGUUCACAGUAUAGGUCCCAUAGAUUCAAUCAUAGAUAAGCUACUAUUUUGUCAAUGUGAAGCAAUUCGUUCAGUUCAAGAUGAAUCUAUUGCAUUAUCUCACUUUCAUAUUGCUUGUACAAGAGACAAUCCUCAUAUAGUGAAUACAUUUCUUCAGAAUGGAGUAGAAGUCAAUGGCUGCAUUCCGUUUAAUCAAUCUGGAUUAGGUGGUUUUACAGCUUUACAUUAUGCUGCACACAACAAUUGUUACCAAGUUACUGAGUUGCUUUUGAACAAUGGUGCUAAUGUAAAUGCAAUAACUAGAGAAAAUUGGACUCCACUGAUGUUUGCAGUUACUUUUGGGUUCAUUGAUACAGUUGAAUUGCUCUUAGCACGAGGUGCAGAUGUUUCUAUUAGGAGUUCUCAAGGUUUAACAGCUAUUCAUUAUGCAUUUAACUCAAAGAGAAGGAUUGAUGCUCUUAUAGAUUUGCUCUUAUCAUAUGCCCCGAAACUCAUUAAUCCCACUACUCCUUGGGGUCUUUCACAUUUUCAUAUUGCUUGUGCUAGAGGAAAUCUCAGUGUGAUUGAGGCUUUUAUAGAAAACAAAGUCGACAUUAAUGCUAAAGUAGAUUUUAAAUCAUCUAAGUAUCCCGGUUACAGUCCUCUGCACUUUGCUAUCGAAUUUACUCGAUUGCAUGUUGUUGACGUUCUUAUUAAAAAUCGCGCUAUUGUUAAUCAAAAAGAUAUGCGUGGUAUGACACCACUUCAUCUGGCAUGUUUGCAAAACUAUAGAACAUUGAUAGUAAUGUUGAAUGAACAAAUUAUGUGUAUCUCCGAAGAAGCUAUAAGAAUUUGGCGACACUCUUGUGACGAUGUGGUACGAAUCGUUGAAUUGCUGUUGUUUUACAACGCUGAUGUAAACAUAAAAGAUGAUGUUAAAGCAACACCGCUUUACUAUGCAUUUGGCACAGAAAAAUUGAAGGAUUCUAUCAUAAUGAUGACUGCAGGAGGUUACGCGGCGAUCGAAAAAUCGAUCAUGAUCCCACUUAACACUAGUCAAGAAAAAAUUGCAGAAAUGAUCAUAAAGGAAGGAGCUGACGUCAAUUCCUUGCAAAUGAAAGCCAGGACUCCUCUACAUAACGCUUGCAUAUUUACAAGUGCCUGCAAGUGUCUUUUAAAAGCUGACUGUCAAAUCAAUGCUCUAGACAGUGAUGGUAAUAGUCCAUUAUUCUUAGCUUGUCGAGCUCAAAAUUUAUUCGCGAUUCGCGAGUUAUUAAAAUUUGGUGCUGAUAUGAGCAUCGUUAAUUCUUCAAACCAAAGCAUAUUUUGCAUUUUACACAGAGAUGACAGAUACAAUCACCCUGUAUUUAGGGUAUUACGAAUUCAUUACAAAAAAAUGCUCGCACUCGGAGUUAAUUUCCAAACGUGUUUCGAAGAGUCGUACCUCAAUUGCUGUAAACGUUACGAUAGAAGAUGUCAGCAAGAUUUUCUAGACUCCGAUAGCGACAGUGAUUACGAAGACAGCGAAGAUUCUUUCUUUGAUAACGAAGCCGAAGCUAUUUUCAGAAAAUGCAAAUUUGAACUGCAAGUAAUGAAGACUGUAAGAAUAAGUAAUUUCUCCACGCUUUACGAUGUCAUGUACAAAAAUGCAGUUGACAUGGCCAAAAUUUCGAAAAACGAAGAUUUUAGAAAGUUUCUUCUAUCAAACGAAUUGGAUAUGAGAUUCCCGCAGUACCGCGACUUCCUGCUAUUGCAAUUCAGACGAGGGACAGUGAGAGAUAGUUUGAUGGCACCUGCAACCCAAUCGCUGACCUUUUUAUCUCGCGUAGCUUUUCCUGAAGCGUGCGUGGAUCAAAUUUUUAAAAAUCUAGACAACUAUUCUCUCAGAAACGUGAUAAAAUCUGUCCACACGGUUGAAGCGAAAAAAAGGAAGUCGCGAGUCCUCGUUGACGACUCUGAACCUACAUUUAAACACCUUCGGAUAAGGGAUCAAUGAUACACGGUUUAAUUUGUACACAGAAGUAGCUGUAACUUAAUUUUAACGUUUGUAUCGAGUAUGACGUUAGUAAGUUGAUAUAUAGAUGUAUAGGAAAUGUAUAAAACUGUAAAUAGAUUAUUCAGCAAGUACCGAACAUAUUCUAAACAAUGUUUUUUACCCAUUAAUCUUCCAUACAAUUUUAUUGCAAAAUUCUGCACUAAAAAAAAAUUGUUAUGUCAAAUGUUGACAAAAUGGUUCGUAAUAAUGCGUAUGUUUUGCCAGCAAAUAAAUGUGAAAAAGAAUGUCUAUGUGUAAAGUUUUUUUGAUAGAAUAUGUUCGGUCUCAUUCAGCGGCCAUUCGCACUUUCGACUAAGAAAGAUCUGUUUAAAAAUGCGUAAAUCGCGCUUUGCGUAAAAUUUUUGCCAAUCUUUAUUCGUAUGAAGUUAUUUAAUGAAGUUUGGUAUACGAAGCAAUAUGCUGAAAAGUUUAAACUCUAAGAUUACAAUCUAAGCUUUUGUCGUGUGAAAAACAUUUAAAGCAAAUUCACGAAGUUUAUGACGAAAAAUGAAUGUGCCAGUAUUAUGAUUUAUAUGAAUGUUCUAUAACAAGACUUAUUUUUCUCUGAUUUAUUAAUGAUUAUAUUUCGAAUGACGAGAAUCGUGCACUCAUAAAAAUUGUUAUUUUAUAACAAAUAAAUAUAUUUCGAAAUCUUGAACAACUUA